CCAGGCCCCGCCUGCCCCGUCGGCCGGGCGAUGGUGGGGCUGAAGGGUGUCCCCGCACUGCUGUCCCCCGAGCUGCUCUACGCGCUGGCGCGGAUGGGGCACGGGGACGAGAUCGUUCUUGCGGACUUGAACUUCCCGGCCUCCUCCAUCUGCCAGUGUGGGCCCAUGGAGAUCCGUGCAGACGGCCUGGGCAUCCCGCAGCUCCUGGAGGCCGUGCUGAAGCUGCUGCCCCUGGACACCUAUGUGGAGAGUCCGGCUGCAGUCAUGGAGCUGGUGCCCAGCGACAAGGAGAGGGGCCUGCAGACCCCAGUGUGGACGGAGUACGAGUCCAUCCUACGCAGGGCCGGCUGUGCGGUGGAAGAGGUGCACCUGGGCAGUGUGGCCCCUCCUCCUCUGCCCCCGAGCUUUCCACCUGCCCCGCCCCGCCCAGGAUCCUGACCUGCCAGGUGGAUUGUCACCCACCACAGCCUGUGAGUAGAGCCUGGGGGACUCAGGAUGCCUGGCCUCCACCUCCUCAAUCUCCCCUGGAGGGGUGCCCCCUGGUCCCAGGUCUCUCGCCCCAUCCUGGCUAUGGUUGGUCAGAGGCCUAGCUGGGUGCUGUGUCUCACUCAGCCCUCUCCACACCUUGCCCUGCAAGGGGACAGGCCCAUUUUCCCAGGCAACCCACUGGCAGGUCUUGAGCAGGGCCUCCAUAAGGGGGGGCCAGGGUCUCUUGUCCUGGGCGGGGGGGGGACCCCCCCCAGGACAGCUGGCAGGGGCUCGACAGUCUACUGAGCUGUCUGGGUGGCCCCAGGCCAGGCAGAGACCCAAGCAUGGCAGGUUCCUCGUCCACCAUGUCCUGGGACCCCCUGUCCUAGGCCUUGGGAGCCAGAGGCUGAGUGACCGUGGGGCCCUUGCAGGGGGAGAGCCCAAGAAAUGGAACCCCACUUCCUGGUGCCCUCCCUGCUUUGGGCCCUGGGGAGUCCAGGGCUGGCCCAUGAGGGUUUCUUGGCAGGGUUCCCUCCAACCCUGCCAUUUU